AACACGUUGCCCAGCUGUCAAUGUCAAAUUAUUUCGCAAAUUUAUACAAAACAUAAUAUAAUUCACGUACCAAAUUAUUUUUUAAAAAUUCUUCUCAUUGAAUACAUGAAUUAAUUAUCUGGAGAUCAUUCAAAAUAAUCCAAUUAUAUACAGAAAUAAAUUUAUAAGUUGACAUACGUGAUUUAUACAUGUAUAUAAAUAUAUGUGCAGAGUUUUCAAUCAUAGUAGUCUUAGUCAUUAUUAACAAUUAACGUAAGACAAAGUUAUUUUAUUUGAGUUAUAUAUGAAUACAUAUAUAUAUACACUUAUCAAUAAUAACAACUUUUUUAAUUAUUAUUAUUUUGUUGUGGAUAUGAACGUCUAUAGAUAAAUCAUUGCGUAAAAGAAUAAAAUUUGUCAUAAAAUAUUUUUUUAGUUCGAAAUAUGUCAGUUUUUUUCAGUUAAUUAAAUUUUUUUUAUUUGUUAAUUAAUAAAAAGAAAAACAAAUAAAAAUUAUGUGGGUUUUUGGUUAUGGAUCACUGAUAUGGAAAGUUGAUUUUCCGUAUGAAAGGAAACUAGUUGGUUAUAUCAAAGGUUAUAUCAGAAGAUUUUAUCAAAAAAGUACAGACCAUCGAGGAGUACCAUCAAAACCAGGACGUGUUGUUACUCUACUGGAAUCAAACAAUCCAGAUGACCAAGUUUGGGGUGUUGCUUAUCACAUAGCAAAUGAAAACAUUGACAGUGUUGUAAAUCAUUUGGAUUUUCGUGAAAAAGGCGGCUAUGAAAGAAAGACAGUACUUUUUUACCCAUGUAAUCCAGUGAAAAACGAACAAUUUAAUUUAAUUGACUCGUCAGAAGAUACCAAUGAUUUGAAUAUCGAUGGCAAUUUAGUAAAAUCUGAAUUUAUUUCUUCAAAAGAAAAUCAAGUGGAAAAACCGUUUUACUUGACUAUUUAUAUUGGCAAUGAAGACAAUCCAAACUUCGCUGGUGCUGAAAAUAUUGAAACAAUUGCUAGUCAUAUUAAAAGUUCUCACGGUCCUAGUGGUGCCAAUACCGAGUAUCUUUAUAAACUUGCUUCUGCUAUGAGAAUGAUAGCACCUGGUGUUAUUGAUGACCAUUUAUUUUCACUAGAAUCUGCUGUUAGACAAUUAGAUGACGAGAAAAAUAAUGAUUUAUGAAAAUUCUUUUUUAAUUUAUUCACUCUAGUUAUCAGAAUUAUGAUUGGAAAAUUUUAUUCUACCCAUAAAUUAAUUAAAUGUUUAUAUUAAUGAUUUAUUUCCAAAAUUAUUGUUAAUCGAGUUAAUUAAUAAAAAUUAGAGUGGUUUUUAAAAGGGCGAUCUUUUAAUUUCCAAGAUCUAUUUCUCAAUCGGUUUCAAAUACAAAGAAAAAAAUUUUACAGUAAAAUUUAGGUUUUUAAUUUCAAUGAGAACACACGCCGCAGAGUUUGAAAAUAAAUUUUUUUUUUAAUGUGUAUUCACUUAAGAAAAUUUUAAGUGCUCUAAUUAGACUAGUAUUGCUCUGUCUGAAUUUUAAUUUAAAGUAAUCCUAAAUAGAUAUGAAAGUGAUUGCUAUAGAACUACUUUACUGUCUUAUUUUUUUUUCUUUUUACCAACUUUUAGUUUAAAAAUUUAUAAAUGAAUUAUUUACUCAUUUGACGAUAAUUACUUUGAUGUUAUUUGAAAUAAUGAUCCUGAAGUUAGCAGGCAAUUAAUAAUUAAAAUUAAAAAUCAGGCUCUGAUACAUUAAUUAACUAGAUAAGCUUGCAUCACUCAAAAUUUAUCGGCUAUACAGUCAACAGAAUAAAAAGUUAGAAUUUUAUAGGAAUUUUUUUUUCUGUAUUUUGAACCGAUUGAAGAUUUUAAAAAUUUUUCAUCUUGUAAUCAUCUUUUUUUUAAUGACCACUCUAAUAUGUCAACAUAUAUUUAUAUUUAUAU